UGAACGUGAUGAAAUUAUUUUACGCACUGCCGUAGCAUAAACUUCUGUCAUCCAUCACAUCACAUAACUUUCUGGUUUUACGAAUUUAUUACGAGAAAACUGUUAUUUGUUUUGUUUACUUUUUUUUUUUUUGUUUUUUAUUUAAAACAAAUUACCCCGCAUUUGGUUAAAAUAAAAAAAUGGAUCCGUCCGAUCUGGAACUUGUGCGUGGUGUUCGUGCUACACCAGCACUCUUCGAUCCAACAAAUUCAGAUUUUAAGUUUGCUUAUAGAAAAGAAAAAAUAUGGGUGGAAUUAUCGCAAUAUCUUGGAAUCAAUAUGAAUGAUGCUCGCAGACGAUGGACAUGUUUGCGUGACAAAUACACUCGAGAGCUAAAAAGUCGACGUCUUAAUCCCAAUGUUGAAUAUCCACAAGAUGAAUUCUACAAAGAAAUGGACUUUUUGCGACCGUAUGUUCGCAAACGAAAACAAAGAAGUUCAAUAGUUUGUAAAAUAAGAUCAGACACCAGUUGGGAUGGCAAAUUGGAAAAACACAGCUACAGUACUUGCGACAGCAGCUAUUCUAAUACUUGUAAAAGAGAAUCUGAAUCAGAACAACACACUACAGAAGAGGUAAAUGUCGAAGAGAUAUUUCAGGGCUAUCAAGUAGAAAAGGUCGAUAGUAUAUCAAUGGUGAUUGAUUCAAACAACGAAGUGACUCAAGAAGUCGAUGACGAUGAAGAGCCUUUGGCUACUGAAGUUAACUUUGAAGAGUAUCAAGUUGAUUUAUCUUCGGAUAGUGAGCAGCCACCAACAAAUACAAAUGUUCAAAAUUGUGAUUUAAUUACAAGUGGAGGACAUGCAAUUGAAUUAGCUUCGCAAACCAAUAAACAACCAAGUACACCAAACACGUCGAAAACUAGUGACAACACGGAAAAUGAAGAUGAUUUCUUCUGCAAGAGCGUUUGUGUUUAUCUGCGACAGCUGAAUCGUGUUCAUAAGAUUAAAGCCAAAGUGGAGAUGUUUAAAAUAUUACAAAAGUAUAUUGAAAUUGAGGAGAAUGUUAAUGUUUAAAACGAAAGAUUGAACUUGUUUUGUAUAUAAGGGUUUUUGUGUAAGAAAUGGAUCGAACAUAAGAAAAUAAAGAGUUUGCUUUAGCUUUUA